AAAUUUGGAACCUAAAUGAGUAUGCUUUGAAUUUUAGUUUAAAAAAUGAUUUUUGUUGUAUAACAAUGGCUUAUAAUCAAAGGGUUAAAAAAUCAAGCAAUGUUCAAACUUUAUCAAAAGAAGAUAUUCUUGAUGCAAUAGAUAAAUUUAGUGGAGACAAAAAUUUACUCUUUUCUGGUGGUGCUGAGACUAAUGCAAAGUUUAGUGAUGAUCAUGAAGAAAGUUUACAAGAGGAAUGGAAUCAACUAUUUCAAGAUGGAUUUAUGACAAAGAUAAAAGCUGCUGCUCUAAAUGGCAACCUUGGUACGCAACAUUUUCGCAGUAUUUGUUGGAGGGUGUUUUGGAAAUGUUUAUCUGAAAAUCCAGCACAUUGGGUAAAUGAAGUCAAUGAGCAAAGAAAAAUUUAUACAUCUAUAAGAAACAAGUAUGUGAUUAAUCCUUAUGAACAAGAGAAAGAGUUAGAUUUAGAAAAACAUCAUCCUCUUUCACAAUCAGAAGAUAGCAUUUGGCAUAAAUAUUUUCAAGAUAACGAAUUGCGAUCGUUAAUUUUAAUUGAUUUAGAUAGAUUAUCGCCUGAGCUUGAAUUUUUUCAAAAUGAUAACAUAAGGUCUAUGAUUCUUCAAAUUUUGUUUUGUUAUGCUAGAGAAAAACCAGAAGUGUCGUACAAACAGGGAAUGCAUGAAAUAAUUUCUGUGAUUGUUUAUGUAAUCAUGAAGAACGCUACAGCUAUUAAAGAUUCUAAAGAAGAUUUAAGCAGUGAUAUAAAAAUCAUCAUGGAUUAUCAAUUUGUUGAACACGAUUCAUACAUAUUAUUUACAAAGAUAAUGGAGUCCAUUCAAUCUUGGUUCACAAAUGUUCCACAACCGCAGGGUCUAAAACAAGCACUUGACCAAAGAAUAUUUAAAAAUCCUGAUAAUGAAGUAGUAACAGCUAUUUCUGAAAAACUUAAUAGGAUUCAAGGUUCUAUGUUGAAUAAAUAUGACAGUGCCCUAUGCCAACAUCUUCAAAAAAUUGAUAUAAGUCCUCAGCUGUAUGGAAUUCGUUGGGUAAGACUUCUUUUUGGAAGAGAGUUUUCUUUGAAUAAAUUAUUAACACUUUGGGAUGCACUAUUUGCUGAAGGAGCAAUUCUUGAUUUAGUUGACUUUGUUUUCCUUGCCAUGCUUAUUAAUCUUCGAGGAGUUUUACUCCAGAAUGACUUUAAUAAAUGUUUAUUUUACCUGAUGAAGUAUCCAGCAAACACUGAUUCAAAAUAUAUACUCAAGCAAGCACUUUCACUUAAAAAUCAUUCUCGAAUAAAGAGGAGUAAUGACCAAGCAACAACCAAACAUUUGCAACAACAUAAAGUUCAUCCAGUGCGAAACAGAUUAGGGAAAACAAAGGAACAGUUGUUUUCACAAUCUAUAAAUUCAGGGAAUCAAAUCGAAAAAACAGAAGAAUUAAGAAAUAAAAAAUAUUUUGUUGAAAAUGCUGAACCAUUGAAUUUAAGCGAUAAAAAGUAUUUUGAUAAAAAUAUUGAUCCAUUACCUCUAUUUAAUGAAAAUCGAGUCACUGACGCCAGCACACGUUUAGCAUCACAAAUAUCACAAUUUAGGACCAAAGUUAAUUCUCUUCAAAAUCCUUUGAAAAAUAUUGUUACAAGUAAGCAGACAAAAGAAAUUGCAGAGGAUAAUGAAAACUUGCAAGAACAGUUAUGUGACCUGCAAAAUGAAUUUAACAACCUACAAAAUCUUUGUAAAUAUUGUGGAGAUAAAAUGGAAUCAUAUAUAAAUCUUUUACAACAUCGUCUGCUUAAAGAGGAAAUCUUUAAUGAUGAAAUAGCAAUAUUAAGUAUUGCUGGUUUAAAACAGGUUCGAGAAAUUUUUAAAGGAAGUGCAGACUUAAAUUUUCUCGAUCAUGAGGCGGAUUUUAAAGACAUUGAUAGUCAUAUUGCUUUAGCUUCUAAUAAUCAUAAACAAUUUGCUGGAGGUAAUGACGCUGCGAGUAGAAAUACAGAUGAAACAGACUUAUUAUUAGACAAACAUUCUCGGAAUGGUUUAUAUCAAGGACAGUCAAAUAAUAAAACAACCAAUUGUAUUUGGCCUACAGUUCCUGGAAAUCUGAGUGUCUAAGUAAAUCAGAUCUAAAAUUUAAAUACUACAUUUGGCAUUCUAAGUUUGUUAGAUAUUGUUUCGAUAAUUUUUUCAUUUGCUAUACUUUUAUACAAGUAAAAUUAUCACGAAGUGUAUCGAAAUUAAAACGAAGAAAUACGUUGAAUUUAUCGGUUAUCUGUAUUUAUCGAUUUUGAUGAAUUGAUUGAUCUUGCUGAAUUUUUAUCAAUGUCGAUGGAUAUUUAUCGAUCUCAAUGAACAUGUAAUUACUGUGACUUGAACUAAAUAAAAAAAAUACGGUUUGAAGGUUAAGGUAAAGGAAUGUUUAUAAUUUUUAUAAUUUUUACCACAUUUUUGAAAAUCUCUGCUAAUAUAAAUAAAUUUAUAAUAAACUAAAACAUAAA